UUUGGUUUACGAACGAAAUUAAUAUUCAAUCCUAGAGAUUGAUCGUAAGAUAUUUUUGGUUCGGUUUAAUUUGGACCAAAUGUUAAAAAAAUAUUUUAAAAAUAAUACCGCGGCUAAAAAAAAAUAUUCGAUAUCGCAUUUUAUUAGGACAAGUUUCGUUUUAUAUAGCUUUUUAUUUGUCGAAUCUUUUGGAAUCACAAUUUUAGAAAAAAAUACUAUAUUAAGCGUUUACGAAUGAUUUUUGUCUAGGGGUUUUUGAAUAUCACAGUCGGAAAAAACAAAACAUAAUAGUCUAUGCUAUUUAUUAAGAUAGAGUGUUCCUUGUCUAUGUCCAGGGUGUGGAGAGUCGUGUGACAUACGUGCUCAGGCACUGCGCUAGUGAUGACGUCAGACGAGGACGCGGAGAGGGAGCGCGGGGAGAUGACGUCACCGCGCGGCUUGCGCGAGGGAAUGCGGAGGGAGAGGUGCAUGUGUACAGGAUUUGAUUGUAUACAGGCUGUGCAGGCAAUGCAAGGGGCGACUUACCACCCACCGUUUAGAAUCCGUGGUCCGCUGCAUGGCGCAGACGAUUGUCUCGGCAGAUAUUACUGGUGCAUCAUUAUGACCAUCUCUUGUAUCUUCUGUGUUCUAGUCUUUGUUAUAUUUAUUGUGGUUAUUGUUAAAUAUACUGAUUGAUG